AAAUCCUCAUUUAAAAGAAUAAAAAAAAAAAACAUACAUAAAUUAAUAAACAAGCUAUUUUUGAAAUUACAAAGGCAAACAACGAAUAUCAAAGUAAAGCAACUGUCAAAUAAUUUGAGUACUUGCAUAUGUGUGUGCGUGUGUAUGUACAUAUUCAAAUGACAGCUAAUUGUGUUAUCUUUUCAUUUUUUUCAUAAAUCUAUUAAUUUGAUGUGAAACAAUUUAUUUUACUACCUUUGACUAAUUCGUAAUAAAAUUCAGCAAUAAUUAUAUGUUCUUAAAGAAGUAGUAAUGAAUUCAUUUCAACGUGAUAGUGUGCAGUUCUUAAAGCCAGAUAACGAAGAAGAGUUAUUAGCCGGCUAUCAGAAUAUAAGGCAUACUAACCCUUCGGACGUCUCAGAUAAGAAAAAAGCUAAAAAUAAUAUUGUUUUCUGUAUCGAAAAAUAUCAAAUAACUAUACUAGCGACAGAAUUUGGUAUAGGGACUCUAGAGUUGCCUCAGUAUUUAGAAGAUUUGGGUUGGACACAAAAAGGUAAUAUAGCGGUAAUCGAUCACAAUAAUGAUGAAGCUCAAACUGAAAUGUUCACUGCUAACCCUUAUGAAAAUGCAGAUUUUCGCAAAAUCAAUUACAUUUCAAAUGAAAAAUUCUUAAAAGAACUUUUUUUGGAUCCUAUACUCACGAAUUAUGGUGUUAUAUUAGUGAACAAUGUUCACAGACGUCAUGUUUUGACGGAUACCGUUUUGGCUUUAUUGAAAAAGAUUGUUAGAAAACGUUCUACAUUGAAAAUUGUAUUGGUAUCGAAUACAAAAGAAGCUAAUUUUUUCGCCGACUAUUUUAAUACACACAAGCGCAACAAAAGCCAGCAACUUACUUGUGCUGUGCUAUCGAUCGAUGAUGUAGAUCAAAAGCAGUCUAUAUUUUAUCUACAAACUCCUUGCCCGGACUAUAUCAGCAAAUCGAUUGAUACUCUGAGGAAUAUUCAUCAGAAACAGCCAUUAGAUGGUGAUGUAUUAGUGUAUUUAGCUGAUGACGAUGAAAUUAAUCAAGCCAUAGAAUUGUUAAAAAAUUACAUCAACAUGGAUCACAUUAAAAAUGUCAAUUAUUUUAAGUUAUCGCAUGUUAAUGGAGAAAAACAGUCCGUAUUUUUUCCCAAACAAGCGGGUAAACGUAAUGUCAUAUUCACUAAGGACUUGCAUCAGGAUUCGGUAACUCAAGAUCGUAUUAGCUAUGUGAUCGAUUGCGGAUUUAUGCAGUUGAAUUGGUUUCAGGCUGAAAGUAAUAAGAGUCGUAAAAUAACUGUACCGGUAAGUAAAUUUGUGGCCGAAUUAAGAGCUAGUUGGAGAAAUAAAUAUAGGACUGCCAAAGUUUUUCGUCUUUAUACCAAAGAGGAUUUUAACAAUCUGCCAGAGAGAUCAGUUGCCAAAAUGCGUAGAACAGAUUUGUGUUCAGUUAUUUUGUAUUUAAAAACUUUAGCUGUGGAUAAUAUAUUACGCUUUGAUUUUCCUUCUCCUCCUCCAGCAAAAAAUGUACUUUCGGCAUUGGAAACUUUGUAUGCUUUAGGUGCCUUAGACGAUCAAGGUCAAUUAACUAAUCCCCUAGGCUUCUUCAUGGCCGAUGCACCCUUCUGUCCACGUUUAAGUAAAGCACUAUUUAAUUCCAUAGAAUUCCAGUGCUCCGAAGAGAUUCUAACAAUAGUUGCAAUGUUGCAAUUGGAAUCGGUAUUUAUAAUUACCACUAAUCAUAUGGCCGAUAGUCACAAACAGGUGGCCCGACGAGCAUUUGAAGCUGCUGAAGGAGAUCUAAUAACACUAUUAAAUGUCUACACGGCAUUUGUUGAAAACGAUAAAAGUAAGGAAUUUUGCCGGAAAUACUAUUUGAAUUAUCGCAGUUUAAUGCGUGCUCAUAAGCUGCGUAAUUAUUUUGCUAGUACUUUACUAAAUAAAUAUAAAAUGUCCCUGAUUUCAUGCCACGGAGAUGUUGAAAGAAUACUAAAAUGUAUCGCUUCUAGCUAUUUCAUGAACGUGGCUUAUCUACAUGCUUCUGGAGUCUACCGGGGAUUGCGUUGUAAAACUGAUCUCUAUAUAGAUCGAGAUUCGGCGAUUUAUAGUCUGUCUCAACCAAAAUAUUUGAUUUAUUGUAAUCUCUAUGAAAAUACAAAGACUUUUAUGAAUAAUGUAACAGUUAUUAAGGAAGAAUGGUUGUCUGAACUAGCUCCACACUAUUAUGAAACUAAAUAAUCCGGAAACUACCUACCUUUCUUUUCGCCGUUCAAAUAAAAGCUUUCAAUGAUAUUUUUUAGAA